GUGUGUUGCAGUCUUGUGGCAUUAUGCAGGCCCCCUGCCAGUGACCCCAGGCUUUUUAUGGCUGUGAGACAUAUUCAAAGUUCAGGGGUGAGAAGUGACCUUUUGAGGUGACUAUAACCGAAGAUUGUGUUACAGAAGCCAAAAACAAAAAAGGUUUUUGAGUCAUGAUGCAAGAAUCUGGGUCUGAGACAAAAAGUAACGGAUCAGCCAUCCAGAACGGGUCAAGUGGUGGCAACCACUUACUAGAGUGUGGGGCGCUUCGUGACGCCCGGUCCAACGGGGAGGCACCUGCGGUAGACCUGGGGCCUGCAGACCUUGCCCACGUCCAACAGCAGCAACAGCAGGCCCUGCAGGUGGCAAGGCAGCUUCUUCUUCAGCAGCAGCAGCAACAGCAGCAGCAGCAGCAGCAACAGCAGCAGCAGCAGCAACAGCAGCAACAAGUUAGUGGGUUAAAGUCUCCCAAGAGGAAUGACAAGCAACCAGCUCUUCAGGUUCCCGUGUCAGUGGCUAUGAUGACACCUCAAGUUAUCACUCCCCAACAAAUGCAGCAGAUCCUCCAGCAGCAAGUGCUGAGCCCUCAGCAGCUCCAGGUUCUCCUUCAGCAGCAACAGGCCCUCAUGCUCCAACAGCAGCAGCUUCAAGAGUUUUAUAAAAAACAACAGGAACAGUUGCAGCUUCAACUUCUCCAACAACAACAUGCUGGAAAACAGCCGAAAGAGCAGCAGCAGGUGGCUACUCAGCAGUUGGCCUUCCAGCAGCAGCUCUUACAGAUGCAGCAGCUGCAGCAGCAGCACCUCCUGUCUCUGCAGCGCCAAGGCCUUCUAACAAUCCAGCCCGGGCAGCCUGCCCUUCCCCUCCAACCUCUUGCUCAAGGCAUGAUUCCAACAGAACUGCAGCAGCUCUGGAAAGAAGUGACAAGUGCUCACACUGCUGAGGAAACCACAGGCAACAGUCACAGCAGUCUGGACCUGACCACCACGUGCGUCUCGUCCUCGGCCCCUUCCAAGAACUCCUUAAUCAUGAACCCGCAUGCCUCUACCAAUGGACAGCUCUCAGUCCACACUCCCAAAAGGGAAAGCUUGUCCCACGAGGAACACCCCCAUAGUCAUCCUCUCUACGGACAUGGUGUAUGCAAGUGGCCCGGCUGUGAAGCAGUGUGUGAAGACUUCCCAUCAUUUCUAAAACAUCUCAACAGUGAGCAUGCGCUGGACGAUAGAAGUACAGCUCAAUGUAGAGUACAAAUGCAGGUUGUACAGCAGUUAGAGCUACAGCUUGCAAAAGACAAAGAGCGCCUGCAAGCCAUGAUGACCCACCUGCAUGUGAAGUCUACAGAACCCAAAGCCGCCCCUCAGCCCUUGAAUCUGGUAUCAAGUGUCACGCUCUCCAAGUCUGCAUCGGAGGCUUCUCCACAGAGCUUACCUCAUACUCCAACGACCCCGACUGCCCCCCUAACUCCUGUUACCCAAGGCCCCUCUGUCAUCACCACCACCAGCAUGCACACGGUGGGACCGAUCCGUAGGCGGUACUCAGACAAAUACAACGUGCCCAUUUCUUCAGCAGAUAUUGCGCAGAACCAAGAAUUUUAUAAGAAUGCAGAAGUUAGACCACCAUUUACAUACGCAUCUUUAAUUAGGCAGGCCAUUCUUGAAUCUCCAGAAAAGCAGCUAACACUAAACGAAAUCUACAACUGGUUCACACGAAUGUUUGCUUACUUCCGACGCAAUGCAGCUACGUGGAAGAAUGCAGUGCGUCAUAAUCUUAGUCUUCACAAGUGUUUUGUGCGAGUAGAAAACGUUAAAGGGGCAGUAUGGACAGUGGAUGAAGUAGAAUUCCAAAAACGAAGGCCACAAAAGAUCAGUGGUAACCCUUCCCUUAUUAAAAACAUGCAGAGCAGCCACGCCUACUGCACACCUCUCAACGCAGCCUUACAGGCUUCCAUGGCUGAGAACAGUAUACCUCUAUACACUACCGCUUCCAUGGGAAAUCCCGCUCUGGGCAACCUGGCCAGCGCCAUCCGGGAGGAGUUGAAUGGGGCCAUGGAGCACACCAACAGCAACGAGAGCGACAGCAGUCCAGGCAGAUCCCCUAUGCAAGCUGUGCAUCCCGUACACGUCAAAGAGGAACCCCUCGACCCAGAGGAAGCUGAAGGGCCUCUGUCCUUAGUGACAACAGCCAACCACAGUCCAGAUUUUGACCAUGACAGAGAUUAUGAAGACGAACCAGUAAAUGAGGACAUGGAGUGAACAUCUGGGCGGGCAGACCCCAUGACCGAAGAUGGGGAAAAGAAAACAAAACAUGUCAAAAGUUAGCAGUGAAACACGGUUCUCCGCUUGUUGUACAGUCUGGAGGAUUUUCGCUACAUUUUGACAACUCUGAAAUGUGUUAACUCUUAGUGCCAUCAAGAAUCCCAUUUGGGAUUAUUUUUGAUUUUUCUACUUUUUGUUGAAAAAAGGAAUUUGUACUCUGUGCAUUGGAUGGACUUGUUUGGUACCUGGGAUUUUCCUCUCUUUAACAGUCAACAUCAGUGUUGUAAAUUUGCUAAACUGAUUCACUUUUAGCAGCAGACUUUGAACUGCCGUCCUGCCAGCGCGGGACACUGAGGACACCCGACUGAGCUUGCGCACCUGAACUGCAGACCAAGCCUUCGCCCAGAAUUCAAGGAUUCCAGUGGACGACUAUUUGCACAGUACUGCAUGCUGAUUAUCACUGCCUUUACUCUUUUUUUUUUUCCUUCCAGUUGGGAUGGGGAAGGCCUUUGUGUGUGUAUUGGGGGGAGGGGUUAAAAAUAAUUAUCCCAAACUUUUUAAUGUAUUGCUUUUUUUUUUUUUUUUUCCUUGCUUCUACUAUACCAUUUUUAAGUUCUGACCUCAGGCCUCCAUUUGGGCCCACAGCCUCCUGGAGGCUUCACGUUUUCUGUACCUUGUGAUGAAUGUCAGUAGGUGUUUUUAUUAUACAAAGCUGAAUGUUAUUUCUCGUUUGUAGUUUUCCGUCACUCAUUCCAUUUCCCUAUAGACAUCACCAUGUUUCUCUCAAGUCAAACAAAACAAAACAAAACCCAUUCCGUUUUGAUCUUUUUCCAAAAAGGUCCCAGAGGCUGCACCCUACACAUGAAGGUCCCCUGACAGUGACGGGACAUCUUGCCAGACAGAGAAUGAAUGACAGAAAAGAGAGAGAGAGACACACACACACACACACACACUCUAGGAACAAUGCAGAUUCAUUUCACAAAGCAGUAUUGGGGGUAGAAGGGGGAUUGGUUCAGGCUUUUCUUUCACUUCCACGGCAUCCACUGCUGUGGAUAACUGCCACCUCAUUCUACAGCAAGAGGGAACACAGGCAGUUGGGGGAGACAAAUAAAAAGAGAAAACCAUCCUUAAUAAUAAUGAGACUGACACUAUGGUUGUGGAAAGUUCCCUCUCUUAGAACCAAGUGGCCGAGUUCUGACUCUGUGUUGUCCUAACCAGCAUGGGUUGUUUUCUUUGCAAAAUGACCAAAAAAGCCAGCUUCCCUGAACAACUUUUCUGAACCAGGUGACAGGUGAGGGUGCUGAGUUUAUCCAUCAGUGCAGGCCUGCUUGGUGGCAUUCAUCUGUUUGAAUGCAAAUGAGACUUCACAUUGAACUCGUUAUGAGAGUUAAUGAGGACUGGGCUCAGCAAAUGUGGGUUUCCAGCGUGCAAAGUCGGUACUGCAGUUCAGUUUGUUAUGCAAUAUUAUCACACACUAACAGAAGAGGACAUCGGGUAGACGGAGGCUCCUGCGACCCACACAGGGCUUACAAAACGUGAUGACUCUAGGUCAGUACAACCUCAGCUCUUCCAACCCCUCCAUCCUUCCAUCUGCUCCCACUUCCCUGGCAUUUAUUUAUCUAGGGCCCUAGCUUUUGUUUUGUUUUAGUUUGAGAGCCUUUCAGAGCUUAAUUUAUAUUCUUUGUACCUUUUAUUUCUAAAAUUACCAAAGAUAUUACACAAAGGUAAAUUAUGUUCUUUUAUGCUUUAUCUGAUGAAGCCAAAUAUCCUCUUAUUGUUGAUCAAAGGAGGCAAAAGGAUUUAGAGGCAAAUGGUGAGAUACAGGCUAUUGCAAACCUGAAGAAAAUAACUGCCCCUUCGUCAAAGAGCGAGCGUAUUUAGGAGACUUACCUAGGCAACGGAACCAAAGUUUUUAGUUUUUUCUAGUUUUUUUCUUCUUCUUUUCUGUACCUGUACAGAGACCAAAACUGACUCUUGUAAAGAGAAAAAUAUGGGGCUACUGCAGAGAACAGGAUACAGUAUUAAUAGUUUUUACAAAAAGAAUGGGGUCCCAUCUCAAAGAAAAGAAAAUGAAUGUAUGUUACUGAAAAUCAGUAUAGACAGCAGAGGAGACACAAGAUGAAAUUCGGAGAGAACAGAACACAUCUGUGACUGAUGAGGUCACAUACUAGUCCUAGAAAAAAGACAUUUCUAGAAUAUUUGUUCGGCACUUUUAAGGGCUGUGCUGUGAUCAUUGCAUUAAUUUUGGUUUAUCUUGGCAUAUAUCCUUUCAUUUGUUUCUGUUUUGAUUUUUUAAAAACUUUAUCCCUUUUCAGAUUAUGAGUCCAUCAGCAUUUUUCAUUUAUACAAAAAAAGCAACACUCCCGUCCACUCGUAAGCUUGGAACAGAACCGUCUUUGGCAGGUUACAAAACUUCGCUCUGCUUUCUGCAGAAAGGGCGGUCUGUGGUCACUCACAAUUUUUUUUUUUUUUUUUCCAUUUUUCCAGGCAGCUUCGUGAUGUACAGGCAGUAGCCAGGCAGGGUCAUGGGAAGGGGGCCUUGUGCUUCUAAACUGAGUGGUUGCUGGUUAGUUUGGUAUUCAGAAGAGGAUACAAAUCUGGUAGAUUAGUUCAUUCUCAGCAUGUGUAGCUAGACACGAGUAAAGGUAACAGCAUGACACUGUUAGUACGCAUACCUCAGUUCAAACCUUUAGGGAAUGAUUAAAAAUUUUAAAAAAUAAACAUUUCACUCAGUUGCACUUAGUCGUAUGUCUUGCAUGCUUAGUCUAAAGACUGUAGCAAAAAAAAAAAAAAAAAGAAAAAUUAGAUCCAACAUAUCUUUGCAGGUAUCGCAACCUUGCAAAAGAACCAACUGAAAAAAAAAAAUGUUCUCAGGCUUUAUAGCAAGCAAACUUCACUAUGAUUUUUACAGUUCCGAUUCUGUGUCCCUUGGUGGGGGAUUCCGGUCACUUCUUUAGAAUGGGGUUAAUUCUGUUGUACAUAUAUCCCGAUGUGUCUGUGUGAAUCUUUGUCUUUUUUCAGGGGGCGGAGGGGAGGGCUGGGGUUUUUUUGUUUUGUUUUGUUUUGUUUUGUUUUUUAGGUAUUGUUCCUAAAAAAGGAAUAAAUGCAUACACCUGUUUGUCAAAACACCUUUGCUUUUCGCGCAACUGCUUUAUAUUAACAAUACUAAAAAAAUUAUCUUUGGAAAACCUACUGUAUGUAACGGAUUUGCAGUCCAGGCUGCACAUGCACAUGUAUUUUAUUUCGUUCUCCUUGCUUUAAGAAUAUUGGAUAACAUUUCCUGACAUGUGGGAGAAACUCCCUAACCUUUUUUUUUUUUAGCCUUUAAAUUGUAACAUAGUUGACAUAAUUUUUUUUCCUAUUUUCAUUGAUUGGAGCGUUUUGUACAGGCUUGUGGGGGCAGGGUGCGUGUGUGCCUGAGGGUGUGAGCGUGUGUGCCUGAGUGUGUGUGUGUGCACACGCGCACGUGUGCACAGGUGUUUUAAUCUGUUUUUUGAUACAUUCCUGUCCCUUGUGUUUCUCCUACCACUGCCUUCCUGACUAUCUUAAACAUAUUCCUAAGUUUGAAAAGAGAAAAAAAAAAGUUGUUUAAAAAACUG